UUACGCGCUCCGUUUUUGUCACAACAGCUGAAGGCACCAUGGCUCCAUUGCGCCGCUUCUGCUCACGUUUUUACCCAACCAACGCGCCUCUCGCACAAGCAACAGGCUCUAGAGGUGAUUAAUUACCAAACUCCGUCUUCCAAGUUGAGUGUUUCGACCACGAGUGUCUGCGAUCGCGCCGCGUAACGCGGUCGAUACGCACAAAGGCGGAGAUUAUGGAGUAAACGCGCGUCGCGCGGCCGCUAGACUCUCCACAAUAAUCAGAAAUACACCGCUAUGGCACUCUCGGUGAUCCAGACGUGUCGUAGUCUGGCCCUGUCCACCUGGCUGCUGUCCUUCUGCUUCGUCCAUCUGCUGUGUUUGGACUUCACGGUGGCGGAGAAGGAGGAGUGGUACACGGCGUUCGUCAACAUCACGUACGUGGAUCCGGACACGGCCGAGGUCCGCACCGAGAAGACGGAGUGCGGGCGUUACGGGGAGCACUCGCUCAAGCGCGAGGCCAGAGGCGUGCUGGCGAUGCCCGUCGCGCCGCAGGACAAGAACGCGUGCGAUCCCAACAGCAGAUUCACGCCGCGCGGACACGGCGCGUGGAUCGCGCUCAUCAGCCGCGGAAACUGCACGUACAAAGAAAAAAUCCGAAACGCCGUGGGAAAAAACGCGUCAGCUGUGGUCAUAUUCAACGUGGGAUCCUCGAACCCCAAUGAGACCGUCACCAUGCCAGAUACAGGCUCCGGUGACGUGGUGUCCAUCAUGAUCCCCGAACCCAAGGGUCGUGAGCUGGUUCUUCUGAUGGAGAGGAACAUCACUGUUCUCAUGCACAUCACCAUCGGGACACGCAACCUCCAGAAAUACGUCAGCCGCACCUCUGUGGUCUUCGUCUCCAUCUCCUUCAUCAUCCUCAUGAUCAUCUCGCUGGCCUGGCUCGUCUUCUACUACAUCCAGCGCUUCAGAUACGCCAACGCCAGAGACCGCAACCAGAGGAGGCUGGGAGACGCCGCCAAAAAAGCCAUCAGUCAGUUACAAGUGCGGAGCAUCAGGAAAGGCGAUCAGGAAACGGAGAGUGAUUUCGAUAACUGUGCCGUGUGUAUCGAGGGCUAUAAACCAAAUGAUGUGGUGAGAAUCUUACCUUGCAGGCAUCUGUUUCAUAAGAGCUGCGUCGACCCGUGGCUGGUGGACCAUCGCACCUGUCCCAUGUGUAAAAUGAACAUCCUCAAAGCUCUCGGCCUCACGUCGAGUGCCGAGUGUCUGAAUGAACUUCCUCUGGACUACGAGCUCGCCGUGGGGGGCGUGGCUCUCAACGCCAUGGUGAUGAGCGAUGAUGUCAUGGCCGGUGAUGUCGUCGGGGGGCGUGACCCCGGCGUGAGGAUGGUGGGUCUCCCUCAGGUCCUCCUGGACUCUGAGCCGCUGUCCCAGGACACCUUGCCAACCGAACAGAGUGAGUUACAGCUGAUCGCCAGCAGCAGUUCAGAGGUGUCGCUUGUGAUGGGGGCGGGGCAUUCGGACAUUGACACGCCCACUGAUGACCCAAAGUGCUGAUCUGGCCACGCCCACUCGUGCUCAAACGACGGGUUUAGAGUGUAACAAACACUGCCUGCCAAGUACAUACUACAAUCCACAUCCAAUGUUACAUUCAUUUCAUCUUCCUUCCUUUCUCUCUGAAAAGCAGGGUAAAGUCUGUUCUCUCGCCCGCAGUGCACACUACAGUAUGCACUUGAGCUAAAGCACUUGUUCGGUAUCAGCAGACGAUGGGUUCUGCUCGGCUCGACAAUCUUCUCUUUCUUACCGUUUCACCAUGUGUCUGUGAUCCCAGCGGGAAGAACGUGUCAAAGACUAUUUUGAAUCUGAUCAGAAGUGGUUUAUUUUUCUAUAGAGAAGCAUUUGAUGUGCUCAAGUUCUGCAGUAUUUAAAAAAAAAAAAACAAGAGAGCGAGAGAGAGAGAGAGAGAGAGAGAGAGAGAAUCUCAGUAUUAGGAGUUUUGGGAUUUGCCCGUCGCAGAAGAUGCGUGUGACAGACGUCGUGCGGGACAAAACUGUGGGAUUUCUGGGAAGUGCUCUUUGGGUUCUGUGGAGCAGGACAUGUGAUGUCAUGCCACGUGACCUGUCCAUGACAUUUAAAGGGAUAGUUUCCCAAAAAUGAAAGGUUACUGACGGCGUCUUCACCCUCAGUACAUCCCGAGAUUUGAGAAGAAGAACACAUUUGGAGAAAUGUAGCAUUGCUUCAUUGUCUCAGCAAUGGAUGUGAAUGGGUGCCGUCAGAAUGAGAGUCCAAACAGCUGAUAAAAACAUCACAAUAAUCCACAGCUGUCCAGUCUAUUGGUUAAUAUCUCAAAUCCAUCAAGACAUUUUGUGAGACACAACCUGAGAUGGAUUUUUUUCAGUGUUAUUAUGGAUUAUGAACUUUUUUUUUUUUUUUUUUUUUUUUUUGUGGCAAGCAGA